CUUUUAUAAGACAGCCUAAUAAUUAGGGAGGAAUUGAUUAUUAAUUAAUUAUUAAUUCCUUUUAUGUUUCCUUUUAGUGGUUAAACUUAAUUAUCAAACUUCCCUUUGGUGCCUGCACCUCACGGAAAGUUUGCAAGACUGUAUGUAAUCUAGCAGUCUACAAAAUUGUCUUUUCUUUAACAGAUUGAGUCACCCCUUCCUAACCCACAAGCAGGAUAUUGGACCAGCUUCUUACUCUUGGAAAAUGUCACUUUUAUGUUAAAUAAGAUUUGCUUUUCCUCAUCAGAUGAAAAGAUCAAGGGACACAUGACGACACUUGAAGAAAUUCUUCAACAUCCAGAAUUUGGAACCUUCCACAACACUGGAAAGGAGGUCAAUGGUAAGCUGCUGCUGCAGAUAGAAGCUGUAUAUCUGAUAGAGUUUCUGUUAGCAAUUGUCUUUGCUAAGUUAAACUGAGUCUCUUAACGAAGUUUUCCAAAUUCUUUGAGCUUUCUUUGAAACUGACUCAGACUGUAAGUAAUUAAAGCAGUCAGUGUUAAGAUAUUAAAUAUUUUUUUGGGGAGCUUUAGCAUCAACAAUGGCAACGGCAGCGUAAAUGUCACUUAAUAUCAAAGGUCGGCGAAUUUCCCGGGAGCUGAUUUCUUGAAAACCACACUCAAUUUUAGUAAGAGUAAGAAAAAUUUGACUUCAUAUGUUUACAUCCUCCAUAAAACAUGAAAUUAGGCAUUUUCAUGUCAUAGUCAUACAGUGACGGCAAAGAAAUGUACAAAAAAGUGUGGUGCACGUGCAAAGUUGUUGUUUUGCUAAUCUAACCUACCCCUUUUUUGACAUUUCCAUUGCUGUUACCGUCGUCAUUGCUAAAGCUCCCCAUUAAAGCUAAGAUGACUUUCAGCUACUUUGUUGUUGUUGUUGUUAUCAUUUGAACCCAGUUUAGUAGUCCAAAUCUGAUCUUUGACUAUUUUUACUUCCUGGUAGAGAGACUCCUAAGUGCAAUUGAAUAUGCUUCAAAGAACUCCACAUCUCUAAAUGCCGUGAAUGACCUGCUAGGCUCCUGUUUUGCGGUUCUCCUUGAGGCUUGCAGUGGAGUUGCGGACAAAUUUGUACUUUCAGAUGAUGUGGUGACAGCAUUGGCAGACUUCAAAAGAUGUGAACGUGAAAGAUAUGACCUUCUGAAAAAGACAGAAAUGGAUAGUGCUGAAGAAAAGAGAAAGGCAGGGGAGGAUCUACUAGGUUUGAUUCACAUCAUUGCAUUUAUAAAAAAAUACUAGUUAACAAUAUUAUUGGACAAGGUUGAGCAAAAUAUCGUGAUUUGUCAGUGGCGAGUAGAUCAAUUAUUUACUGAAACCGAAAGCUGAGGCAAAUAAUAUUGAUCUGUGAGACACUAACAAAUCGUGAUAUUUUGUGAUAAGCGAGUUCAAUGACCGAGUUUAAUGAAAAUGUUCGGGAAGCGAAACAAUCUGCCACCUUCACGCAAAAGUGAUCGCAAGAAGGAGAAAAGCGUGGUUUCCUUUACGCAUAAGCAGCAUAUUAUUUGCAGCCAAACAUGGUUGAACGACAUUGCGCAUGAGCAGACCAUUAUUUGUAGGCAGUUAUUUGUAGGUCACGUGGUGGGCUCUCGGCCAAUGGAAAGAAAGAAAUAUUUGCAUCAAAUGAUAAUUUAAAUUAUUUCUGAAAUUAUUUUGAAAUCAGUCUUCCAGUAUUCCAAUCAAAAAUGUCUUAUCCAAGGUCGACAAAGAGUCAAAGAUUUGUUAUAUAAUGGGUUAUUUUAAUAAAGACCCAGCUUCUAAGAUAUGAAAAUUGUAAAUACUCAAAUCAGUUGUAAAUCAUAUGAUGUCCGCGAUGUUCUUACCUAUGACUGUUAAACCUACGCGUCAAUUACCAAAACUACUGCAACACUUAACUUAUAGACAAUAUAUUUACCAAUGAUAACAUUUUAGGCACACAUCUGAAUGGAAUACUCUUCAACAAUUUAUCGCAUCACUUACCUGUGUUCUCAGUUUCUAAGAUGAAGAGUUAUAAGCCUAGUGGCAAAAAUGAAUGGUAUUUCACUAGAAGGCAUCAAUAAUGAAUCUGUUGCUUCAUUUGAAAGAGAACUAGAAAAACAAACUGGUAAGAGGUAAUUAAAACAAAUGAUUGUGAAGAAUCUUAUAAUUUAUUCGUGAAAACCUUUCACGAGGUGUAAAAUAAAUCAUUCCCAUUAAAAAAGGCAACAGUAAAGGAAAGGAGAACGACUGAUUGAAUCCUUGGAUAGGGUAUUGUUAAGUCAUCUAAGCAUAAAUUUUAAGCUUACAAAAACUUUAUUAAAAAUCCAAGUUAAGAAAAUGAGGACAUUGAUAUAAAACCUACAGAAAUAAGCUUAAUCAUCUGGUAAGGAAGGCGAAGAACUUUUACAAUAAGAAAUUUAAUGGAGUAAUUGAAAGCAAACGUGGCAAACGUUGAAUGAAAUUGUAAGCAUGCAUAAAUAUAAAACUGCUUUACCUCAAGAUUUUCUAAAUAAUGGUAAAGCAAUCAGUGAUCCUUUAGAAAUUGCUGAUCAAUUUAAUGAGUAUUUUAUCAACGUUGGAUUGAGUCUUAUGAAAAAAUUUAACAGAAGUUCAGCAAAUGCCAUGAACCAUUUAAGAGGUACCUACGUAAAUAAUUCAAUGUUUCUGAAUGAAAUGACAAUUAAUGAGGUUGCAAAGGAAAUAACAUAUAAUACAAAAAAAGGUUUUGGCAUUGACAGGUUGAGUCUAAAGGUGCUGCAAUGUAUUGCAAAUUAUAUAUGUGAGUCAUUAACCCACAUAGUCAAUUUAAGUUUUAGUACUGGCAAGAUCCCUCAUGAGCUAAAAGUCUCGCUAGUAAAGCCAGUCUACAGAGCAAAUGACAACAAACAACUUACCAACUACAGACCCAUAUCUGUUUUAACUUGCUUUUCAAAGAUUUUGGAAAAGCUGAUGUACAAAAGGCUUUUAGAUUACAUUGAGGAAAACAGCAUUCUAUAUGGACAUCAGUAUGGAUUUAGAAGUAAGCAUUCAACCUCUUUUUGCAAUCAUGAAACUCACCGAAAAAAUUAAAAUGGCAAUAAUUGAGAACAAUGAAUUUAUGAUUGGAAUCUUCCUGAACCUAUCUAAAGCAUUUGACACCGUUUAAAAUCACAACAUACUGUUGCAGAAAUUAAAAUUUUAUGGCAUAAGAGGUCUAUGUAAUGACUGGUUCAGAAAUUAUCUUGCUGAUAGGCAGCAAAUUGUUAAAUACAAUUCCACCUAUUCUAAAAACAAAUCAAUAAAAUGUGGAGUGCCUCCAGGCUCUGCACUAGAACCGCUGCUGUUUCUGUUAUUUAUAAAUGAUAGUCAUACAUGCUCGAAUUUGUUAUCUUUCAUAUUAUUUACCGAUGAUACUAAUCUGUUUAUUUCUGGUAAUUAAGAAUAUUGAAGGACUUGAAACCCUUGUAAAUGGGAAAAUUAAAUGUGUACAAGUAUGGCUUGUAAACAAUCAAUUAACUUUGAACCUAAAGAAAACUAACUAUAUUAUAUUUCAAUCCCAUAAGAAAAAAUGUAAGAGAGAAUUGAACAUUAUGCUGAAUGAAUUUGAAAUAAAACAGGUACAUAACACUAAGUUCUUAGAAGUAAGGAUUGAUGAGCAUCUGACGUGGAAAAAUCAUAUAAACUAUGUAACAUGUAAAAUAGCAAAAACAGUAGGAAUUUUAUGCAAGGCUCACCAUUUUAUAGGGAAGGAUUUAUUAUUAAGUCUGACAAAUUACUCAUUGAUGUACCCUCACCUUAUUUAUGGUAAUAUUGUCUGGGGUAAUAAUUACAAAACAAGACUUGACAGUCUAAUCAAAAUUCAAAAGAAAGGAGUGCGUGUGAUAACUUUUGCCUCGUACACUGAAUUAUCAAAGCCGCUCUUUCAAAAAUUGGAGAUCCCUAAUUUUAGUAAUGUUAUUAAUCAAUUAAAUAAUUAGUAAACUAUCCUUUUUAAUACCAUUGACCUAUUUACAUUUUGAAAUGUCAACUUCAUUCGUAUGCUACAUGGUGAAGCAAUAAUGUACAUAAGCAGUUUUACAGGGAUAUUCACGCGUUAAACCUUGUGAAGAAAUGUCUAAAUAAGCGCUGCCCACAAUUUUUAAUGGACUACUUUUAUUUUGAUAGAGAUAUCGUACAGCGAAAAAUGCGGCAAAGUAAUCAACUCCGUCUUCCCUCCAUCGAAUUAGAAUAUACGAAAAAAGCUUUUUAUUAUCAUGGAUGUGAAGUUUUUAAUCGUAAUUUGUAGUUUUUAUCAAUAGUUUGUAAUAAUUUUUGUCCUUUUUUAGGAUAUUUUCUAUUAGCUUAGUUAGGACUAGUUUUAAGUAUUUUUAACAUAUUUUUAUAUUUCUUUUUACCUAGGGCCUCUAAGGGUAUCAGUUUUUGUAACUGUAGGAGUUACCCUAGCUAAAUAAAAGUAUCUUCUUCUUCUUCUUCUUCUACAGUCUGAACAAACUACAUACGGCUAUUAUUCAAUACAGUGUAAAGGGACAGAUCUGUGGAAUUCUAUACCAGAAGAUUUAAAGAACACAAAAUCACAAUAUAGUACAAAAAAGAAAUUUAAAAAGUAUCUUUUGUCACAACAGUGUUUAGAGAAUGCUUAGUGGUGUAGGCAGGUACAAAAGUCGGACAGGAUCAACUCGGACCGCCAGUCCGGGUCGGAUCAACUAGGAUUGACUCGGACCAACUCGGAUCGAAGAAAAAAAUAAAUAAAUAAAAUUGGACUCGGAUCAACUCGGAUCAUAAAAAAAAAACUCGGAUUAUUUUAUCGUUGAAUUUAUAGUUAUAGAUUUAAUACUGCAUAUGGCGUCCAGACCUGAUGUAAAAAAAUAAUAAUAAAUAAAUAAACAAUAGGGCAAUCUUGUAAAAGCCCGUAAGGGUUUCCUAAAUUCCCCAUAUUGAUGUAAUUAUCUUUGUUUAAUAUAAUAAAGUUAAUGUUGUUGAAUAUUAAACCAAUUAAUAGUGCCAAACUUAAUAUUGAAAAUCCAGAUGGUAUAAAAACCAAAAUGAAUUUAGUAGGUUAUAAAGUUCUCCCUAAGCUGUCGUAUAACUACAAAUUCUCAGCCCAGUGAUAUCCCUAAUUAUAUGACUAAUUAACCUGGUUGAAAAAAAGGGCAUCAAUGGCUCAAAUUGCUCUGAAAACAAUUGACAUGGGGUAAUAAUUGUUGAAGGUAUAAUUGAGUAAAAAAGGUCAACUAUUACUUUUCCUAAGUUGCACCCCAGAGUAUGUAAUAUUAUUAUAUAAUAAACCAAAGGCUACAUAUUUAUUUACCAGAAGUUCUUAUAAUAAUUAAAUUAUAUUACUGUAACUGAGUUCUGCCUUGCUUCCACUCAGGACAAUAUUAAUGUUAUCCAUAAAAUCCUGCAUUACAGAUAUCGCUAUAUCAAGAGGAGAGCAUGAUGUCAAAAGAGUACUAGACCGACAAAAAAGGAUGGAAGAGGCACAAACUCUACAAAAGUUCAUUGACAAAAGACAAGAACUUGAUGAAGAUAUAAACAGGGAGAUUGAAGAGUUGAACAUGAUGACUGAGAACUGUGAGGUUGACAUUGGUACAAUAGGUAAAUAUUAUCAAUAUAUGUACAGCUUAUUGAAUAAUCAACACUGUUAAAAAAUAUUGAAUAACACAUGUCCUCAUCAUUUAGUGCUGUCAUCAUUAAUAUAUAUUGAUUUCCUACUUUCAUUAUUUAGAGGACUUCAGGGGUGAUGUUGAUAACUAAUAAAGCUUCAAAGUUACACUUGUAUCAAGAAUCUGUCAUAAAACAGUUAUUUUCUCUUUUUUCAUUUAAAAAGGUAAAAAUCUUGGCACUCUUCGACAGUCUGCAGAGAUAACCUGCAAGAAGUACAAAGAGAAAGACAACAACUUGUGCAAAGAAUUACGGGAGAACAAAGCUGAACAAGACAAGCUACAGCAGCGUCUGAAUGAACUCAAAGACCAGGAAAGGCAGUUGGACGAAGAAAGGAAUCAGAGAAAGAAAAUUCAAGAAACAGCUGAGUUGGUGAGAUUAAAGCGGGUCAUAUAUGUCUAGUUGAGUUAUUAAAGUUUUGGAAUUAUUAAUAUAUACCUACCAAUUCUUACACAUUAUGCAUGAGUAUCACCCUUGCAGACUUAACGGCACCUAUCUCAUGCAUCAAGGACAAUUUCUCCCACCUGACUGACAAAUCCAGAUCAAUUGUUCUUGAACAAGUCAUAAUUAAUAACAAAGAUUCAAUUUCCUAGAAAAUAAUCCAGAAACUAAAGGCACUUAAUGUUGACUUUAUUCUGUCCUAACUGUACCACAACAUGCUAAAACAAUAUUGUCCCGCUUGAAAUAGUUUCUGAUUGAAGUGCUCAAAGAUCAUUGGAUCAUCUUCACACUAUUUCAACGAUGUUCAGAGUGUUUAAAAAAUAACUAUUGAUAUUGGCUUGGGUCGCUGGGACAUUUUCAGAAAUUGCAGUCAUGACAAGACAAAAAUCAUCUGACUUAUUUCACUCAAAAAAAGUUGGCAACUGUAUACAGUCUAAGAUUAUAAUGUCACUCUGUGAUUAAGGAGGUGUUUAUUUAUUAAUUGAACAGCUUGAUAUAGUAUUUGGACUAGCUGAGGUCUGUCAACUUUUUAAAACACUCUUGCCCUUGCAAAUUGAAGCUAAGAAUUCCUAGGAAUUUAUUCUUGGGAGUUCUUAAAAAUUCCUAAGAAUUCCUUGGAAUAUAGGUGUGGAAUUUCAAGGUAAUUGGAACAUGGAAUUCCUAGGAAUACCUAAGAGUUCCAAGCUUUGCUUUUCCUGGGCUGUUAUUACGGGCCAGGGCCAGGACCAAGGAUUCCAUGGUUGUCAUGAGCACGACCCCUGACUAUCUUCAUAGGACAAGAAGAAAAUAAAACCAAAAGAACUUCUGAACUGUUGAAUCUUGGCCUACUAAGUGCAUAUAAUAAUGGCGUACUUUUAUGUUCAGAUCUAUAAACUGAUGUGUAUAUGAGUGUGGUUAAUCAUCACGUCUGAAACGAUGAGUUGACCUUUCUAAUGAUACCCUAUAACUAUAAUUUGUUCACCCACAGACAGAGCAAAAAGCCAGGGAUGAGCUAGAGAAGUGGCAACAACAAAUCCAGGAUCUACAUGACAAGUGCCAGGCUGCACUGUAUGUUCUGUUGGAAUUUAAAGGUCAGACAUGACUUCUUUCUUUUUUUACUUGAAAAAACUUGACUGAACUUGACUGAAGGUUAGAAGAAAAGACCUCUCGUUUAUAAAAUUGCUGUGCAAAAAGAACUGUCACUAACAGGGAGUUGUGGUUUGUGAUGAUUCAGGCAUUAAACAGGUCAUUCAACCACAACAUUUUUCCUUUGUCCCUUAAUUUCCUUCAGUGUAUAAAACAAUGCUAUCACUUGUGAUGUUGAGCCCUUAAAAACCAAAACUGUAAGGAACUGAGUUUCUCUACUGGCAUAUUUCUGACAGUUGUUAGACUGGUUGCAGGGGGGAAAGUUAGUAAUUUUGUUUCCCACCAAAAAAAUAACACUGAAAUAAAAUUUUUAAAAAACUUCUACAAAUACACAAAUUUCGCAGUGUUUCACACUCAGAGACUUUUGGUGGGAAAUAUUUUCAUUGUUAGAUGCUAAGUGACUUUGAAGUAACCAAUAAGAGCAGAUGCUGCACAGAAAAAUUCCUGUGCUAUAGCAAAAAGUAUAGGCUAACGUAUUAAUGUCAGUUCUGGACUACUAAAUAUGUAGUUAUUAGGUUUAAUAUUGUCAAAUUGCAAAGAAAACCAGUUAACAAAAACAAAAAAACACUUAUGAUGUGUCGUGUCAAUACAAUUAUUCUUCUUUAGAUGGUUCCAGCAAACUAAUGGAAGCAUCCAUUGAAAGCAAAAGGAAGGAAGAAAAGGAACUCCAUGAGAAAGACAUUGCAGCCCAUAGACGCUUGCGAGAUGCAACUGCAGCGGCUGCUGUAGAGAGCAAGCAGUGCAUAGAAGACUGUCAAAAGAACCUAAAAUACCUCAAAAAACAGGUCUGUCAAAACUGUCAAAAUUAAAUGCUAACAAAUACCCCCAUAGAAUGAUUUCAAGUCAUUGUAGUACUCACUGUACAACAAUCAUUAAGGUCCAUGCUAACAUGGAAUAAAGACAGUGUGAUGUGUCCAAACACAUUCAGAGUAUGAGGAAAUGAGUAAAUUAAAGUUAUUGAGCUAAGCACAGCUUCUUUUGUUUAUGCAGUUGUGUACAUGUACAUAUUAAUAAUAAUUUAGUAUCUAUUAUGCUCUCAGCAUUGAUAGAAUUCCACCUUAAUAUAUCAAUGGAAGUGACUAAUAGAAUUAAACAGUCAUGGAGAAAUCAUUUUAAACCUUGUUUCCCUUGACUACAGAUCACAGAUCUGAAAGACGAAAAGAAGCAGAAGGCUAGAAGUGGGCUAAAAGUCAUUGUUGCUGAGAUUGUGGAGAAAUUGAAGAAGUAUGAAGACUUUUAUAGCCAUGAUAAACAAAAGAAAGCCAACAAUGAACAAAAGUUUGAAGUUUAUAAAAAGAAGAUGGAAGAGUUGGAUGAUAGGUUGACACAACUUGGAGAAGUGACAGAGGCUUUUGAUGAUAUCUGUAAGUAACUUAUUGAUAAUUAGUAAUUUCCUACUCAAGCAUUGAUAUGCCAUCAUCAUUUAUUCAUUGAUUCAUUCAUUCAGACAGCCUCAGCCGAGCUAGUCGCCUGGUUGCCCAGACCACUCUUUUGUGUUUGUCCAUGCAGGCUGAGAGUUCACUGGUGAUGCCACCUCGGCCUCCCUUAUAAGAUUGUCUAUGAAUGAAGACACUGAGCGACUACGUAUAGACACAGACAUUUUCCACAAACACAGCGGUUGUUCAUGAUUAAACAGACAUUUGUGAUCAAAAAAAGGUUAAAGGCACAAAAUGAUGAUUUUAUUACAGCUGAACAGUGUUUUCUUUAAAGCAUCAAAUUUAAAUUUCCACCAUACUGGACAAAGAUCAUGGGUUAAUGGUGAAUUGUCACUGAAAUGCAGAGAUAAAGUAAAAAAUGUACAAUAUUAUUUUAUCAUUUUAUUCCCAACAGAUCACCGAGUGCAAGAAGAAGUGAAUGCGCUCUGGGAGGGUGAAGGAUUCUCUUCCUUGGAAGAUUAAUUAAAGCUUUCAGUUCAUUUCAGUUUCUUAGGCAGUCUAGAGAGCAAUAAGCUUCUGCUUAAAUCCAAAGAAACUACUUAAACUCUCACUCAGAGGAGAGUUUAAGAAUAAUAAUGGAAGUGAGGAAAAAGCUCUUUAUAGAGCCUUAUUCUCUUUUUUUUCACAAGAUAUUUUGCACACUUCAGAUUAUAUUCAAGCUUAGGGUUAAAAGCCACUUUCAUGCAAUUUACUUGUAUAAAUAUAAAGGUUUUGUCAUCUUACAAGUCAUAUUAAGGAGAGUAGUAUGGGAUACAAGUCAGUAUGUUAUGCAAUGCUUUCCCCAUGGUAUCAAUCGUAUGAAUAUACCAACUGUGACUUCAUCUUUCUUUGUUUCCAAAUGUCAAGCCUUCAUACUGAGAAAAAUCAUGUUACUCAUAGGAGAUUUCAGAAUAUACCGCUUGACAGCAUUGCAUAACUACAUUUGUAGUAAAUGCUAACCCGCAAGUAAAAGUUGCAUGGAUUGUGCAUUGUACAGGUUGAAAUGUAUUUUAUAGCUGUUAACAGGGAGUAUUAACCUUGAUUAUAAUUAUUCAUUCAACAUAUUUUACCAUUUCCGAUUGGCUCCAAUUCCUGGCUAAUUCUUUAACCAACUGGCAUUGACUGCAAGCAAUAUACCAUGGAUUCAAUGUUAUAAUAUAGUCACAGCAGCCUUGUUUCCAUGCAAUAUCCUCAUUACUACAGAAUGCAGCAGCCUGCUGGCUGUUCAUAUGCCUGAGUGAACUAAACAAAAAUGGUGUUCACUGCUAUGGAGAUGAAAUGGCCAAAUUUGUCUGACACUGAAUCGAAGAAAUGCAAUGGUAUAUAAAAAGUAUGCUUGAUGGAUGUCUUGGGUGAUGACAUAUACUUUUUAAGGAUUAUCGGCAAGAAAAAACAUCUGUGCCAGGCUGUGCCAGGAAACAUGCUGCGCUAAUGUUUGAGGGAAGUUUACAGGGAGGCAAUGGCUGCUAAUUAGCCUGUACAGCCGCCCCUUCAGUUCCCGUCAGAGGAAAAUUUAUUCUUGAGUGGUGGAGGCGGCUGUACAUAGGCUACUAGGUUGCUAUAAGAUCCUAGAAAUAUUUUAAAUGAAUAAUAAGUCAAUCAUUAAAUUCGGCUUUCAUGAUGGGAAACAUUAUGCAGACCUCGAAGGGUGUUAUUCAUCAUCCUCAAUCUGCAUAAUUCUUCACAUUAGACAAAGACCGUGACCCUACCUAGUACAAAGAAAAGAACCAAUCACUUAUUAGCCUGUAUACAGACGUUGCGACGGACUUUGAAGAGAAAAUAGAGGGUCUGUGAACAGGCUACCAAUCACUGGCGAUAAAUUGGUUCACUAGCUAGAUUGCCACGCUACAUUGUACGUAUCCGUAAGCUAAUAACGUGUAUAUUAAUGACUUAAGGUUUGGUUUCAAAAAACGUUCAGUUUCUGUAGCUUGCACAUAAGAUAGACUUAUACCUGCUUAUACUAAGCUUAAGUUUAUACAAAAUAGAUGCUACACUGUAACUUACAAGAACUGGCAGCGUGAUGAGAGGAAUGAUUGCUUGUAGUCCGUAAAGCUACGACUCAACUGCAUUUCUGAUCAUAUGAUGUCUUACAUUGAUAGCUCUGCGUGAAAUUAAAUGCCGUAAAACUAGCCAUAAAUCGAGGGAGAAUUGUCUGUUCAAAGUGGCCCUAAACACGGUUUACCACGGUAUCCGAAGUCAAUUUCCCAGGGUUCGCUAGGUACGUGAUGUAUGGG